AUGCUCUCUCGCGCUGCUCGCCCGGCCUUGAAGGCCGGCAGUGCUGCUGCCAUCCGCGCUGCUCCUUCCAAUGCCGCCGGUUUCGCCACCCUUCGUGAAAUCGAGGGCCGUCUCAAGUCGAUCCGUAACAUCGAAAAGAUCACCAACACGAUGAAGAUCGUCGCUUCCACCCGUUUGACUCGCGCCCAGAAGGCUAUGCAGGAAUCUCGUGUCUACGGUGAAACCUCUAACACCGUUUUCGAAUCCGCCGAGACCAAGCCCCUGGACGACAAGAAGACGCUUUUCGUGGUUGCCAGUUCCGACAAGGGUCUUUGCGGUGGUAUUCACUCCAGUCUGAGCAAGGCCACCCGCCGUCUCUUGGUCGGUAACGAAAAUGCCGACAUUGUCAUUCUCGGAGAGAAGGCCAAGGCUCAGCUGAGCCGUUCCAACGCCGAGAAAAUCGUCCUCAGCUUCUCUCAAGUCUGCAAGGACAUUCCUACCUUUGCCGAUGCCCAAGCCAUUGCCGACCAGAUUGCCCUUCUUCCUGCCGACUACGCUAGCGUCAAGAUCAUCUACAACAAGUUUGUUAACGCUCAAAGCUACGAAGCAUCCAUUGUCGAGGCAUACUCUGAGGAAGCUAUCACCGAAUCCCCCAACAUCUCUGCCUUCGAAGUUGAGGAGGAAGCUCUGGCUAACCUGCGCCAGUACGCUCUGGCUAACAGUCUGUUCUGGGCGUUGGCUGAGGGCCACGCUUGCGAAAUUUCUGCUCGUCGCAACGCUAUGGAGAACGCUUCCAAGAACGCUGGUGACAUGAUCCAGAAAUUCCAAAUUCUGUACAACCGACAGCGUCAAGCUACCAUUACCGGUGAACUGGUUGAAAUUAUUACUGGUGCCACCGCCAGUGAGGACAUCUUGAUGCUCACCAUCCACCUCGCUUUCCCUCUUUCAAAAUCAAGCUCACAUGAAGGCUGUAUCUUGUCUCUCGGAAUGGUGGACUAUUACAAGAUACUAGGCGUCGCUAGAGAUGCCUCGGCCAGAGAUAUUAGCACUUCCUACAAGAAGCUAGCUUUGAAAUACCACCCUGAUAAGUCUGAUAAUACAGACAAGUCGCUAGCCUACUUUCAACAGAUCCAGGAGGCGAUCGAGGUUCUGCGAGACCCAGUCAAAAAAGAGAAAUACGACAAAACAGAACCACGUUUUGAGUGGGAAAAAGUGGUGGACGAUAUCUACAAUGAUUACAGCGAUGCAUGGGCAACCUGGGACCCUGAAGACCCGGACUACCAGGAGUUUGCCGCCUGGGAAGAGGCGAGAUACAAACAAACUUGGCAUGAAGAAGGAGAAGCCGAGGAUACGACACAGAGCCAGCAGCAGCAGCAACAACAACAAGAAGAAGAAGAGGAGGAGGAGGAACAACAUUGGCGCAAGUCUCAGAAAGAGUGGCGCCAGAAACGUGCUGAGGCGAUGAGAGCUCGUAUCAUUCGAGACGAAGAGAAUUUGAACACUGAUGAAGACAAAUCCGAGAUCUUCUCAAAAAUUCCAAUUUACGAAUGCCACGUAAAUGGCUCGACAACAACAGAGGAAGAUGCUGAUCUUCUUCAAAACUCAAAAUACGACUCACACCUUGAUUCAUAUCCUCUCAUCGAUUUGAGUGACCCACCAGAGGACGACCACCCUGGUGGGCAGUAUGCAAGCGGAAUCCAAGAGCUCCUGGGCGACAAUGGCUGGGUUGACAACGAAUACAUUGAAGCAGUCGUUUCCAAUCAACAAACAACGAGCCAGGGCCCGUACGAACGUCUCUCUCGCUUUCUCGAGUAUAAACUGUGCAGCGGCCGAUAUCACCAGGAAAAUAUGCAGGCAGAAAUAGCCGGUCUUUAUCUGGAAUCGAUGCAGCAAUGCUUUAUGGACUUACAAAUGCACCACAUGGACGAUAAUGUUACUUGUAACCCAGAAGGCUUUCGCCAGUGCCACCAUCUGGGUCCCUGGGAGAAGCAUCUUGGAGCAGAAGAAUGUGACGUCUGUGGAAUAUGGAGGCCUCUUUACACCAUGAGUUGCCCAGCGUGUAAAGUCAAAGCGUGCGUGGGUUGCAAGUACGAAAAAAAUAAUGAAGAGCUGAUAUGA